AUGGAUGUUAUAGGAUUCGGUUUUCGUCCCACGGAAGAAGAACUUGUGGACUAUUACCUCAGACAUAGGUUGCUCGGUAAUGAUCCACAAGGCCAUGUCAUCCUCGACAUUGACCUUUGUCAAGUGGAACCUUGGGACGUGCCAAUGUAUUUCGAGGAAUCAGAUGCACAAUUCGAUUUCCCAGAAUGGUUUUUCUUUAGUCCUGUUGAUUUCAAGUAUCCAAACAGUAAAAGGAUUAACCGGACAACCAAGUGUGGCUUCUGGAAACCCACCGGAAAAGAUCGUGAGAUUAGAAGCUCCGACUCCAACACUCUCAUUGCCACAAAGAAGACUCUUGUUUACUACAAAGGUCGCGUUUCACGUGGUCAGAAAUCCAACUGGGUUAUUCACGAAUACCAUGCUGUCACCUUUCACCAAAGCCAGAGGACUUUUGUUUUGUGUCGUCUGAUGAAGAAACCUGGGGGAACAACUGAAGGUGGGGGUGAUGAAGGGGAGAGCAGUAGAAUCAUGGUUUUUGACUAUCAGAAUCACUCCAUAGGAACCACCUUUCAGCAAGACCAGACGUCUUUUCCAAACCCCUCAUUUUACGAUGCCUAUUUUAGAAAUGAAUCUAACAUUGAGCACAAUUCAUAUGAAAAUACCAGGAACAGGAAUUCGUGAAUUCUUUUCUUGUUCAGGACAAUUAUGUUAACAAUGAAGAAAGUACAAAUACCUACUUCAAUACUUUCACCCAAUCGAAGUCAUUGAGAAAGGUAUAUGAUACAGAUGCCGAGGCCGUCUCUCAACAGGUAAACAUAUGUUGUCCAAAUUUUUCCAAUCAUACAGUGAGCAUCUCCAUCUGUUUCUGAACUGUCCUAUUACUUUAGAUUUGAUUUCUUUGAUUUGAACACUUUGAAUUCAUCUGUCUAUUUUCUUGUGAAAUCAUUGCAGGGUGAUAAUACUAUGAAUAUUUCCACAGUGUGUAGUAAAUAUCCCAACUCAGACGAAUACCAUUCAUCAAAAGAGUUUGAUUCCGAAUUAUCAAACGUUGAUGUCCAUGAAGGUGUAUGUAUGUCAUCUCCUAUCCAUGAAAAAAAACAAGAGAAAAAGAAGAAAAAGAAGAGCAAGUUUUCUUUCUUCUGAUCAUCACAGAGGAAGGUUUCAAACAAUGCAGUAUUCCAUGUAGAGGUGAGAAAAUCAAGCAGCUUCAUUAGAAAAAUGAAGAUUACUUUCUUGACGAAUGAGGCGGGUGCUUCACUUGAACUGAUUUUCACUUUAACAUAUUAUUGAUAUACCAUGCUGCAUGUGUUGCAUUCUGUAGGCUCAGAAGAAUUUUCUCAUUGUGAAUCGGAAGAAGAAUAGUUGAAGAGAUAACUUGAAACCAGAAGCCAUCAAUCUUAUGAUAACAAUAGAAAAGGUUCUUUCAUCUAUAUGGAGACAACUUCAUGAAGACAACGUAGUUUUAAGGGUUUUUAUGUGUGUAUUAUCCGUUAGUUUGGAAGUAUUAUCACUUUAAGUAGAUGUAGUAUAUGUUUUUUAGUGUGACAACGUGGAAAACUCUGUUUUAAGAGUUUCAUCCUUGUAAGAUUGGUAAGACAUGUAUUUUGCAUUGAUGCAUGCUCACUGCAUCUUUCUUAUUAUAAUAAAAUAUGUGUGCACAUUUGUUGCC